GUCAUUGUAUUUUUUAUUGUGAUUUUUAUACAAGUUUGUUUUCGAUAUUCACAUGGUUUUUAUUUAUAUAUAGUAAAUAAAUUAUUUUACUAAUACAAAUGGCAGGGAUACCGGUGGCUACAAAGUUAAUUUUAGUAAUAAGUUUAAUUUCCAGUUGUGUUCAUUCUACGCUAUUUGAAAGCGACUCCUGCUAUUCUUUCGGCAGCGGCAAUGUGUUUCCCGGCGGUGCUCGAAAAAUUGAUCACAAAUUACAAUUUACAAAAGCUAUGAUAUCGAAACCGGCUCCGGAGUGGGAAGCGACGGCAGUUGUAAACGGAGAGAUUUCACAGCUUUCUUUGUCUAGUUUUAAGGGAAAAUAUUUAGUGUUCUUCUUUUACCCAUUAGAUUUCACUUUUGUAUGCCCAACUGAAAUAUUGGCAUUCUCUGAAAGAGUAGAAGAAUUCAAAAAAAUAGACACUGAAGUAGUGGCAUGUUCAGUCGACUCACACUUUACUCACCUUGCUUGGAUAAAUACUCCCCGUAAAGAGGGAGGACUCGGCAAAAUAAACAUACCACUUCUAAGCGAUCUCACUCAUUCUAUUGCAAAAGAUUAUGGUGUGUAUUUGGAAGACUUGGGUCAUACACUGCGAGGGUUGUUCAUAAUUGAUGAUAAAGGGAUUCUGAGGCAAAUCACGAUGAAUGACUUACCAGUGGGCAGAUCUGUUGAUGAAACCUUGAGGCUGGUGCAAGCAUUCCAGUAUACUGAUAAACACGGAGAGGUGUGCCCAGCUGGAUGGAAGCCAGGACAGGAUACUAUAAUUCCCAACCCAUCUGAAAAGAAGAAGUACUUCCAAAAAGUUGCUGAUUAGCAGCAAUGUUUCAGAUUGCUUUUGAUCAUUCCUUGUUAAAGUUAAAGUUUCGUCUUCCCAGUUAGUUUGAGAUUAAAAGUUAAAAUAAUGAAUUCAUUAACAUUAAUUAUUAUUAUCAACUGUUAUUUGAGAUGACAAUGUUUUAAUAAAAAAAAAUCCAAAAAAAUUACUUAAACAGCAAAAUUAUUAUUACUUUUUAAUGGAAUCUAUGUCACAAUUCAUAUCAUCACAAUGAAAUCAAACGUUAAUUGCCUGCAAUUGGAUUUAUUACUUUGAACAUUUUCAAGCAAUAAAUACAUUAAAAAGUAGUUUUGUUAACGUUUAUACAGUCAUGUAAGAUCAUUAUAAAAACAAUCAGUGAAAUAUAAUUUUGUACUUUUGUAAUUUGCUCACUAUUUAUAUUAUAAGUAUUUGUUUAAAAUUAGAUGAACAGCCAAGUGUUUAAAUACUCUGAAAAAGUACCUACGUAAUUUGUAUUUUCUACCAUAUGUGUCUGACCAGUUUUAAGACUGAUGUAAAACUUUGCAUUACCUAUACGUAAUAGUAAAUAUGGAAAGUAAUAAAUACAAUAAUUUUUAUAUUUUA